CGUUGCGGCAAGUUACGGUGGGAGCUUCUGUCCGUGCUGUGUGAUUGCGACGAGGGGGACCACCGCCAGCAGCAGCGUGUCGCCGAUUUCGUCUUUGCCGACAUCGAGCAAGUGUAGCUCGCCGGACCGUCACAAGCGCCCGAAGUGCUGCGGUUUGCGCUGCAUCUUUCAUUGUGAUAUGGGAGAUCGCAACGGACAGAGACGACCAGAUGCAUACGAACGACUACCAGCGGGGAGUGACCUGUGCCAUAUUUCUCUUAACGUCUCAGGUAUUCAAGAAAUGGCAACAGCCAGAAGUCGCCAUCUUAUCCAGCACGUUAUGGGUACACUCUGGCGGCUCCUACCCCUGCGUCCUACCACCACCCUGUCCCGACUACGUCCACUAGGGAGUUGGAAGCCUUUGGCGGCUUCUGCCACUGCAUCCUGCCACCACCAUGUCCCGACCACGUCCACUAGGGAGUUGGCAGCCUUAGUGAUGAUGCCAAGCAGGCUGACAGCAGACAGAAAUAUUCAGGUUGCCUUGAAAUUUUACCCAAGCCAUGCCACAUACUCGGGCCAGGCCUCUUGUGAACUACGUAUAACCAGGCUCAACGCAUCACUGUCAAGUGAGUCCGGAGAUCAAGGAAACCUGCUGUGCAACCAUCGCGCAACACUUGGUGACCCCUCUACGUGUUCCAUCUAUCCAAACAGCAUCACCAGCUGUUUCUUAUCUUAUCGAUCACUUAUCGAACCAUGGAUGAAUGUUGGGGUGGAGUGAUUUGAACAGACAUUCUAUUUGUCUCUUCAAAUUCAUUGCAAAUAUU